AUGUUCGCCAAACCCCGGCCCAAGAAAUCCGUGUUGCCACCCCUCUCCAAAAAAAGGAAGGCAGUUUCAGCGAUCGAGGAGGUCAACUUCGAUUUCGACGCGCGGGAGGAUUACCUCACGGGCUUCCACAAGCGCAAGCUGCAGCGGCAAAAAUGGGCACAGGAGCAGGCUGCCCUGAAGGCGCGGGAAGAGAAGAUUGAGAUGCGCAAACAGAUCAGACAAGAACGCCAACGAGAAGUCGAAGACCACGUUAAUGCCGUGAGCGCUUUGCUCAAAGAGGCCCAGGCAGCAGACUCGGACGGAGACCAAGAGAUCAACGGAGAAGAUUUCGAAGAAUGGGACGGCAUCGACGAGCCGGCUAAGGAUCAGGUGGGUAUUGUGGACUACGAAGACGAGUACAUAGACGAGGACCGGUAUACAUCGGUCAAGGUCGAGGCCAUAUCCGUGACGCGGGAUGGCCUCGAAAAGAUCCACCAAGACGGCGACGAGGAGGAGAACGGCAGCCAAGACGAAUCCAAGGCGAACAAGGCAGCAUCCGACAGCAAGCCAAUAAAGUCGAAGGAUCGGAAAGAGUGGCCCAAGAAGAAGAAAUUCCGCUACGAAACAAAAUUAGAAAGAUCAUUGGGAGCGAGGAAGGCAAAAGCCAAAAAGGCAAGGUUCAAGAAAGAGUAA